AUGGAUGAGAGUGGUAUUAAAGUAGUACCAUCCACAAUAGAUCUUAAUAUGGAGUAUCAAGGUGAAGACAGUGAAUACGAUAGUUCCGAUAUGGACUUUGAUAUUAAUUCGGAACCGGAUUUUAUUUGUGACGAAGUGAAUGAAAAUAUUGAUGUGUUGAGAGAUGAUGAUGAUACAAAUGCAACUAAUGAAAGUCAUCCUAUGCUAGAAAAACUUGCUCCUCCAAAUGUAGGGAUGAUUUUUGCGUCUUAUGAAGAUGUCAUUGGGUAUUAUCAUGAAUUUGGAAAACAAAAUGGGUUCCAAAUGAAAAUCAGAAGUAGAGAAAAUGUCAAAGGUACUGAAUGUGGUAAUAAGUAUGAUUGCACAAGGUUGAGGCUAGUAUGUAAGAAAGAAGGAAAGUUUGUUCCUAGGGGGAAGGAUCUAUCAAAGCCUACACGAAGUGAAGUUACCGGUUGUAAAGCUAAAGUUAUAGCUACAUUUGACAAAAGUAGCGGGGAAUGGAAACUCACCACGGUAGUGUUAGAGGAAAUUAUCAAAGAUUAG